AAGAUUCAUAAUUGAGGGGUGGUUAGUAUUUAUCGAAACAUGAGGGGUUUUUUUGUUAAUUUACGGUGGAAACAAAUAUGCAGUAUUUUGAGGGCUUUGGUUGAUUACAGGCCCAACAGAAUUCCAUCCAAUCAAAUUUCGGCCAAGAACUGAGCUUUCUUUCAAUCCAAUGCUCCUUUCUGCAACUUCAAUCCAACCAUGGAGCUCCGCAUUUCCCGCGUAUACAUUUGCCUCAAGAUGCAGAACCGGGAUGGAAAUUAACCAAAUCCAUGCAAAUUUAAUCACCACCGGUCAUAUCCAUAAUCCUACAUUGACGUCAAAAAUCAUUCUCGAUUUCGUAUUUUCUCAUCACAAACCGAGCGUGGAUUUCGCGAGACGCCUCUUUUUAGAUUACAAUUACAGAGACCCGUUUCUGUGGAAUGCAAUUAUCAGGUCGUUUUCGCAUGGGAACGAACCGGGAAAUGCGUACCAAGUGUUUGUUUUAAUGCUUGUGAGAGGGGUUUUAGUGGAUGAGUACUCAUUCUCGUUGGUUUUGAAAUCUUGUUCGAGGCUGCAUUUUUUGAGAGAAGGAAUGCAGAUUCAUGGGUUGAUGUGUAAAUUUCAAUUUGGGUCGGAUGUUUUUUUGCAGAAUAGUUUGAUUUGCAUGUAUAUAAAAUGUGGGAUUCUUCAAUUUGGGCGACGAAUUUUCGAUAGAAUGCUUAUAAAGGAUUCGUUUUCGUACAAUUUGAUGAUCGACGGGUAUGUGAAGUGUGGAAUGGUGAGUGCCGCCCGCGAAUUAUUUGACAUAAUGCCUUCCGAUGUGAAGAAUCUAGUUUCUUGGAACUCUAUGAUUAGUGGGUAUGUGAAACUAGAGAAUGGAUUCGAAUACGCAUGGGACUUGUUCGAUAAAAUGCCGGAAAGAGACUUGGUUUCUUGGAAUCUCAUGCUUGAUUGCUGCGCAAAGAAUGGGAAUAUGAAUUUGGCUCAGAAUUUGUUCGAUAAAAUGUCGAAAAGGGAUGUAGUGAGUUGGGCUAGUAUGGUCGACGGUUAUGCUAAAGUAGGAAAUGUCGAUGCUGCCAGGUAUUUUUUCGAUGCUAUGCCCCAAAGGGAUGUGAUCUCCUGCAAUGCAAUGAUGGCUGGUUAUGUCAAUAACGGAUGUUACAACGAGGCACUAAAAGUGUUCCACGAUAUGUUAGGGGGUGGUUUCGGUUUGGCCCCCGAUAGUGUGACUUUAUUGACUGCUCUUUCAGCAACUACACAAUUGAACUGCAUAAACGAAGGAAUUGCAAUACAUCGGUAUAUCCAAAAACAUCGGUUUGCUACAAAUGGAAAACUCGGUGUUACUUUAAUCGACAUGUAUGCAAAGUGUGGCACCAUAGAGCAAGCUAUGCGUGUGUUCGAGGGUGUUCAAGAUAAAAGUAUUGACCAUUGGAAUGCUAUGAUUGGUGGAUUAGCUAUUCACGGACUCGGUUAUUUAGCUUUCGAUUUAUUCAUGAAAAUGGAGAGACUUUCUUUAAAACCGGAUGAUAUUACAUUCGUCGCGGUUCUGCAUGCUUGUGGACAUUCCGGAAUGAUAAAGGAAGGCCUCGUUUGCUUCGAAAUUAUGAGACGAUUUCACAGAAUUGUGCCAAAGCUUCAACACUAUGGAUGCAUGGUGGAUAUUUUAAGCAGAGGAGGGCAAAUUGAGGCGGCGGCAAAAUUUGUCAAGGAAAUGCCCGUGCCGCCAAACGAUGUGGUUUGGCGGACUUUGCUGAGCGCGUGCACAACUCGUGAGAAUUUAAAUAUAGGCGAGCCAGUUGCGAAACAUUUGAUCGGAAUGGAUUCUUGUGAUUCGAGUUCUUACGUACUUUUAUCGAAUAUAUAUGCUCAGUUUGGUCUUUGGGAGUAUGUUAGAAGAGUUAGGACAGUGAUGAAACAGAGGGAACUAGAUAAAGUUCCUGGCUGCAGCUGGAUCGAACUUGAGGGAACUGUACACGAGUUCUUUGCUGGAAGUAUAUCGAAUCUUAACUUGAGCUCCUCCAGUAAGUUUUAGUGUUUUUUUUUUUUUUUUCUGUUUCGUAUAUCGCUGUAUAUUCCGCGUAAAAUUCGCCGUGAAAGUUGUGUACUGAGCAUGUUAAUAUAUUAGUGUGCAUUAUAUUACAAA